CCAAACAAUUUUACACUUCACUCUGUUUCUCUAGCUUCUCUAUUUAUAUCGAACAUCUUCCAUAACUGUCUCAUCAAGUUCCUCUUACCUUUCUUUCUUCAUUGGUCGCUUACUGGUUACCCGCAAGUAGACCAUUAACGUAGCAAUGUUAUCUUCUUCUUUUUCCUUUUGCUCUGUUCUUCUUGUUUUGUUGCUAUGUUUACAGUCCUCUGAUGUCGAGCCCGCCAAGAUUGGCAAGGGCUACACUUUAGUCUCCAUCGAAGAAACCUCGGAUGGAGGCAUUGCUGGUCUGCUUCAAGUCAAGCAGAAAAACCGAAUCUACGGUUCUGAUAUUUCUAAUUUGCAGUUUUACGUCAAGCAUGAAACGGAAGAUCGUUUAAGGGUACACAUAACUGAUGCUGAUAAACAAAGAUGGGAAGUACCGUACAGUUUAUUACCGAGAGAACAACCACCGACUAAUUUGCUAACCAUUUCAAAAUCUAGAAAGUGCGGUGGCGACUCACUGAACGUCUCGGACUACUCGAGUAGUGAACUCAGCUUCAGCUAUACCGCAGACCCAUUUAGCUUUUUAGUGAGGAGGAAAUCAAAUGGGGAUAUCCUUUUCAACUCAAAGUCCGAAGAAUCAGACCCAUACGGUGAAAUGGUGUUUAAAGAUCAGUACAUUGAAAUCUCCACAAAAUUACCGAAAGAUGCCUCACUGUACGGUCUUGGAGAGAACACACAACCACAUGGGAUCAAACUGUAUCCAAACGAUCCGUACACUCUGUACACAACUGAUAUAUCAGCCAUUAAUGUUAAUACUGAUCUUUACGGCUCUCAUCCUGUGUACAUGGAUCUUAGGAUUGUGGAUGGGAAGCCCAAUGCUCAUGCGGUUCUAUUGCUUAACAGUAAUGGCAUGGAUGUCUUCUACACAGGAACCUCUUUAACAUACAAGAUAAUUGGGGGUGUUUUAGACUUUUACUUCUUCGCCGGGCCAACACCCCUCGCCGUUGUCGAUCAAUACACAGCCUUUAUUGGCAGACCUGCCCCUAUGCCUUACUGGUCUCUAGGAUUCCACCAAUGCAGAUGGGGCUACCAAAAUCUCUCUGUGGUUGAAGAUGUUGUUGCAAAUUACCAAAAGGCUCAAAUUCCCCUUGAUGUGAUCUGGAAUGAUGAUGAUCACAUGGAUGGGCACAAGGAUUUUACUCUCGAUCCCAUCAACUACCCUCGUCCAAAGCUUUUGGCAUUCCUGGAUAAAAUACACAGCAUGGGCAUGAAGUACGUUGUCAUUAUUGAUCCUGGAAUAGCUGUAAAUUCUAGCUAUGGUGUGUACCAAAGAGCUGUAGCCAGUGAUGUUUUCAUCAAGUAUGACAGUGAACCCUACUUGGCUCAAGUUUGGCCAGGUGCUGUCAACUUUCCCGACUUCCUCAACCCAAAAACAGUUGAAUGGUGGGGUGAUGAAAUUCGCCACUUUCACAAACUUGUUCCUGUGGAUGGCUUAUGGAUUGACAUGAAUGAAGCAUCAAAUUUUUGUUCUGGACUUUGCACAAUACCAAAGAACAAGCAAUGUCCAAAUGGAACUGGACCUGGUUGGGUGUGUUGCUUGGACUGCAAAAACAUAACAAAUACAAGAUGGGAUGAUCCACCUUACAAGAUCAAUGCAUCAGGAGCUCAAAUGCCUAUAGGAUUCAAAACCAUUGCCACUAGUGCAUAUCACUAUAACGGUGUUUUGGAGUAUGAUGCGCACAGUCUUUAUGGAUUCUCUCAAUCUAUUGUAACUCACAAUGCUCUUCAAGGGCUUGAAGGCAAGCGACCAUUUAUACUAUCACGCUCCACUUUUGUUGGAUCUGGCAAAUAUGUUGCUCAUUGGACAGGCGAUAAUAAGGGCACUUGGGAAGAUUUAAAGUAUUCUAUUUCUACCAUGCUGAAUUUCGGCAUAUUUGGGGUGCCAAUGGUUGGUUCAGAUAUAUGUGGUUUCUAUCCUGCCCCCACUGAAGAGCUCUGUAAUCGAUGGAUAGAAGUAGGUGCAUUCUACCCCUUCUCAAGGAAUCAUGCAAAUUACUACUCCCCAAGGCAGGAGCUUUAUCAGUGGGAAUCAGUAGCUAUAUCUGCCCGAAAUGCUCUUGGUAUGAGGUAUAAAUUGCUUCCUUACCUCUACACAUUGAACUAUGAAGCUCACACUACUGGAGCCCCAAUUGCCAGGCCACUUUUCUUUACAUUCACAUAUUACACUGAUUGUUAUGGCUUGAGCACCCAAUUCUUACUGGGAAGCGGUCUCAUGGUGUCUCCAGUGCUUGAGCAGGGGAAAACAAAUGUUAAAGCACUCUUUCCCCCUGGUACUUGGUACAAUUUAUUCGAUCCGUCACAAAUGAUUGUGUCUGAAGAGGGAAAAAAUGUUAUACUUGAUGCACCUUUACAUGCAAUUAAUGUACAUUUGUAUCAGAAUAUAAUAAUUCCAAUGCAGCGGGGAGGAGUGAUUUCUAAGGAAGCUAGAAAGACUCCUUUUACCCUCAUAGUGACCUUCCCGGCAGGAGCACCUCAUGCUCAAGCCAAAGGAAACCUUUUCCUUGAUGAUGAUGAGCUUCCAGAGAUGAAUCUCGGAAAUGGGAACUCUACUUAUGUUGAUUUCUAUGCGACUUUUAGUGAAGGAACUGUGAAGGUUUGGUCUGAAGUUCAGGAAGGUAAGUAUGCUUCAGACCAGCGUUUGGUCAUUGAGAAUAUAACUGUUUUGGGAUUAAAUGGAAGUGUACAGUCAGCUACACUUGAGUUUAAUGGAAACAAAGUACAAAUAGAUGAUGCGUCGAAAAUACAAAUGAGUUCAUCGGAACAACAGCGCCUGGAUGAGGUGGAAGCUGGAGCAAGUCAGCAGAAGACAUUGAUUGUACAGGUUGUGGGGCUUGAAAUUCCUAUAGGUAAAAAUUUUGCUUUGUCUUGGACAAUGGGGAUUAGAUAUUAAGGUUUUCAAGAUCGUCUGGUAAUAAUUUUACAGUAGUUCAAUUGGUGUGUUGUCUGUUUUGUGUAUGAGGGUGGUGGUUCAUGGAAAAGAGAUCCUGAGUGACUUGAGGGUCUUGAUGAUGUUGUAGCUUAAUUGCAGUGCUUAAGCCAAUUUCAAGUCUGUUAAAUUAUAGCUUCUUUAUCA